UUCACUGAAGUGGUAAACGUCUAAGACCUGCAUCACUUCAGGCUUUCCUCCCACAUUAAGCUGAAACGCCGUGAAAAACUUGAAUACUGUUAAAAGCGGCAUUAAACCCAACUCACUCACUGUCCUGCUUUGCUGAUUUGGCAGUGUUCAAAUCCACAUGUAGUCAUAGUGUAGUGCAGUCUGUGUCUAAUUUUUAACUUUUUUAGCCUGAACUUGUCUUUUGGCAAAAUUCGAGUACAUUUUACUCUUGAUGCAGGAACACUUGUUAGAUCAUGUAGAUGAGCUUACUGAACUGAAAGUGUUUAUGAGACUCAGGCUCUCUACUAUUUGAUAAUGGUAAACAUGGUUUUGGGUUGUAUGAAUUUAAAAUUAGAAAAAAAGUAUGUUGUUUUGUAGCAAUGUACAUUUGGGUUUGUUUUUUUUGGAGGAUACUUAACACACCGGUAGGGUAAAUGUCUAUUGAUUAUUGUGAGGACCUUUCGUUUUCAAAAGAUCAUUUCAGCAUCCUGACACAUAUUUGUAUUUUGGUAGUAUCCUCUUUUGGAUAUAACUUAUCUACUGUCUGUCAAUGGACUUCUUAUUUCAAUUUCAUGGGUAAAGUUAAUCAUAUUAAUGGAUUUAACCCUUGUUAAUGGACAUGUGGAGGACAGCAGGACAAACAGUGGGGACAAACACCUGGUUCCUCCAAGUUUUCUGUUUUCCUGUAUUUUCUUCACUGACUGUACAGACUUGUGAUUCAUUCAUUAUUGAUUGUACUAUGAGUCAACAAGAGGUAGGUCGUGUUUGUGUGGACUGCAAAUCAAUGAAUACUGUAAUGAAGUCUUUUGUACAUUUAUGCAUUAUGUUUAUGAGUUUGAUGCAUCAACACAAAAUUAUUUUGGGUUUGGUUCAGCUUUAAUAUCACAAUAUCAGAGUGAGCUUUUGGCGUUGGUUUGUCUGUUCACAACUCUCAUACCAUUUGAUUGGUCUUCAUUCCACAAUAUUAUUCUCUUGAAGAAGUGCGAAGGACUCCAGAUUAAAAACAAUGGGCCACUAUCUAUGGUCCAAAUGGUUACUCGAUAUGUCAUGUUAUUCCAUCUGGUUUCUGUAGUAUAUUAAAGUGUUGAAAUAUACACUAAGCUUGAGAAUAAGCAGAACUAAAAAUCUUUUUUAUUUUUUAACCAUUUAUCUAUUUUACACCUGGUUUGCAGGAUGUAAUUGAUCUGUUUGAAAUUAACUCAGUAUGUGUCACUGUAUCAGGAAACACAGGUGUCUCCAUUGUCUAAGGGGGCAGGUAAGGUAGCCAAGUGGUUAAAGCGUUGGCUCUUCACGCCGAAGACCCGGGUUCGAUUCCUGACAUGGGUACAAUGUGUGAAUCCCAUUUCUGGUGUCCCCCGCCGUGAUAUUGUUGGAAUAUUGCUAAAAAACGGCGUAAAACGAUACUCACCCAUAAGGACGAAUAUCAAUGUGCUUGUCGUGGUGUGUGUUCAAAUCCAAAACUGGUGUGCUUGGGCCAUCGGGAAGUUACCCACGAUCCUGGUAAUGUGUACAACCUGUAUGCUUUGAGCUGACGCCCACCUGAUACUGAAAGAGCAUCAUUAAAAAUAAUUUCCUUCACUGGUAUCAGUACCACCUCAGCAAGGUGAAGUUUUGUACCUCAGUACUGUGUUACAAUUACUGUGAUCAUAUCAAAUCAUCAUAUACAUGAUAUCAACUGUAUUGACGUAUUGUCAACAUACUGCACAAGAAUUCCCUACAAAGAAGGAACACAAUCAUUUGUUUCAGUAGUAGUAAUCGGAACUACAUUCCUGAUUUUACGUCAUUCGUGCUGUUAUUGCCCAACUCGUGUUUAUCGUCUCAGUGCUGAAGCAUGGUAAUUAGUGGCUUGUCAUGAACGGUAUUUGUUAAUUUAGUCAGAAUUUUGUAAAUAUUCACUAGUUAAUAUUUAAAAUCCCACGCAAUAUUUUCUGAUUGUUUCCACUGUUAUGGGUGGUGAUGGAUGUUCUGUACACGUGGGGUGUAUGUGCUGCUAAGAACCAUGAUAGGUUGGCUUGUUUGCUACAUAUUGUUUAUGAUGUGAUAUGAUUUUUGUUAUCUGUUGCUUCCUCUUAAUCCAGAAGUGGGCCAAGUUUGAGUUAUUGCUUGUAUUAUAUGUAUAUAUGGGGCUUUUUUAUACACUUGAUUUGGCUUACUGAUCUUAUCUGCAUUUUGAUGUUGGUAAAUGCUGUUAUCCUCUGGAUGGUUUAAAUAUCAAAUAUGCUUUAGCAUACUCUGAUUAUGUAAUUAUCUUGCCAAUUUAUAUAAGUAUCUGUUAUUUAUGUUGUGAGGAUAUAGACUUGUUAGACAAUAUCAGAAAUUGCAUGUGAGCCUGCAGUCAGUGUUGCAUAAUUAUUUUCCAAACAUUAUCUUUAUUCCCUUUUAGGUGUAUAAUAGUACAGGAUUAGUAAAAUGUUGUUGACAACAGCAUCUUGAGAAGUGAUACAUGUGUACUAAAUUAUUUAUUUUGCCUCACAAAAAUAUAAGUUUACUUCGCAAAAGAAUAUUGUAUAGAACAUGGAUAUUGUGUCCUAAUCACUUUUGACAUGACGAUGAACUUAUACAUAUCCUACUAUUAGGAUUAUCAUGAUUAGUGAAAUGUAUUAAGAACAUUUAUGGUCUAAAUGGUCACUUGUCCCUGUGCCUUGGACAUACACUUUUAUGAUAGUUUUAAAACUUACCAUCCAUGACAUUUGCCCCAUGGCGUGGUGGUAGCUCCACUGUCAAUGCAUUAGCUUAUCGUAGACAGAUUGUGAUUUAAUCUGCUACAUCACUUAUUAACCUCUUUCUUGUGAUAAUACGGAAGAAAUCCAUUUUGUGGUUAUUUUAUCCCAUGGCUAUUUUUUUGUACUCUGUGCAUAUAAUUUAGUUGGAAGAUAUGGAUAUGAUCAGAUCCAUCUGAGUCAGGGUUGUCAGUCAUAUGGGUUUUCAUGUUUUACCUCUUCUUACUGCUUGAAAGACUGAGCUGAAAUAUUUUGGCGUUCCUAACCAUUACAGUCUGAAAUGUUUCCAAGUUGUUUUUUAUAAGACUACAAAGAGUACAAUUAUUGAUUACUUAAGAAAUAUUUGAGCUCUUCCUCUACAAAUCCCAAAGAAAGAAUAUUUAAUUUGUGAAUGCACAAGCUUGUUUCAUUUUGUGUUUAGGAUGAAAUUGAUCUGACGUUACCAUGGGUAGGUCAGGAUUAAUUCUUGCAACUUCAAAUUCGCUACCAAAAGUUCAAAUAUAGACAAAAAGUGUUGCUGGGGUACCUUCCAUAAUGAAUACAACUUUUCGAGGAAUUUCAUAUUUGGGAUUCCAAAGUUACAUGAGAUUUUCACCUGGACAGUAUAUUUGACAAAUUAUGAUUACCAUCAAGAAAGCGUGUUUGUCCAAAUGCUCUGCACCUAUUUAUCAUCAUUUCAAUAUAAAUAAUAUAGUUUUGGCUGUCACCAUUCUAAUCUACAUCAGCUUAAAUAGUGAGCUUCAGUAAAGGAAAUAUAUUUAAAGAAGGUUUUGUAAUUAAAUACCAGAUAAGUAAUAACUUUUAAAUCCUUUUGAUAUUUGAGAAUAACUUUGAUGGUUUUUAUAACAGCAGGAAAGGCAAACCCUCGUUUGUUCUAUGUAAAAUGUUUACAACUUCAAGUUUCACCACACCUCUGAAGGUUUUUCAGUUGUGAUAAGAUAAAUUGAUUUUAAUUACUUCUCAGUAAGCAUUUGUAAAUAGGUGUAUAUAUCAUGUAAAGUAAUUCACUUACAUUGUACUGGUAAUUAUUUAGGCAAUGUAUUCAUUUUUUAUGUUAAUGUAUUAUAUACGUGGACUUUACAUUAAUGAAUCAAUGCAUAACUAUAACGAUUAUUUCAUUUUGUAUUUAUGGUUAUGUUCUUUUGUUUGUAUAAUGAUACUUAUAUUGGGGAACUAUAGAACAAACAGGUUCUCUUCUUUCAAUCAUUGUUAGAUUUUACACAGUUUCCCAGCCAAAUGUAUUGACAUUCUAUAUGAGGAUGAUCGAUAUGCACAUUGUCAAUCAAAAAUUGUUAAUUUCUUGAAUUAAAAGCCUGAAUUAUUGAUGGGUGAAAACUUAAAGGAGGGACUAGCCUCAAGUCGUUCAUGUUUUAGUUUGUCUGCUAGUCUAUAUUAUGUUAUGCAUAUCAUCAUACCUUUCAGCUGACGAUUGCCCUGAUUAUGCACAAAGAAUGUCUCAAGUUAAAAAAUGGCACUAAUUACAACAUCAAGAACAGGGUCCCAUUCAACAAAGUCAUCACAGUGCUAUGAUUGUUGAAUGCCUUUGUUAUAGUAUAGGAGUUAUGAUCGUCUUAGUGCUAAGAUUGCUUUUGGGGUUGGGACCCUGGACAGGAAAUGGGUUGCGGCUGUGGAGCUAGUCCUUUAACAUCAGAUCUCUACUUGAUAGAUAGUUAGAGUAUAUACAUGAUUCAUAUUAACAAGGUGAGAAAUUAACGCUAGCACAAAUUCCUCGGGGCUUUUCCAAAUUUACCCAUUGUUUAUUUAUGGAUGAACAACUUCUUUAUUACAAUUUAAGAGCGCCGUUUCAGUGUAGGUUCUAACACUGUUAUCAAGCUCUUAAAUUGUAAUAAAGAAGUUGUUCAUCCAUAAAUUCUUAUCCUUACUUAGUGCUCCAACUUCUAAAUGCCUAUCAAAGAAGAAAUUACAAAGGCAAUUUAUCUUUACCCGGGCUAGUCAAACUUUUGAGUUUAGUUCUAAGCCUGCAUAUACUCAAAUAUUAUUCCUUUAGUAGAUAUUGGUUUCCACAGAGCAAUAAUCUUCAGAAUGGCAAAAUUGCCGAUAUGGCAUAAAACAAUUAUCACACACUUGAUGAAGGGCAUUUCUGUUAUUAUUCCAGAGGUAGCAUAUGUAACAGGAACAAUCAUAACAAAGUCAUUAACUUAGAUAGUUUUUUUUAUAUGUUAUUUUAUUCAAACAGAUUUUAACAUUGAUGACCUUACUGUUAUUUGUAUGUGUAUUGGAGUUUUGAAAGCAUGAAUAUGUUUAUAGUAUUCCCGAUUGCCCUACUGUCAUGUAUAGAAAUAGUUGUGUAUUUUGAGAUAGUUCCUUGUGUUUUAUUCAAAAUUGCAUAUAAGUUUCGUGGAAAUGUUUCAUGUUUUCGUUCAACUGUUUUAUUAAUGUUUGUGAAUUUUGUACACAAAUACGUUUUGUACAAGUGUUUUAAGUUUUGUAAUUUAUAAAUAUUUAUUUCGUACUGAUUGUGAUCCAGUAAUUUAAAUUGUAGUGUUGAUUCUGUCUUCGUCCUGUGUGCACUGAGCAUAAUAAAGAGUUCUGAUUAAGGUCUAUACAUGGUUAUGUAAACAAUAAAAUAUUCUGAAUUGUUACUAUUUCUAUUGAUUCAGUUUUUAAAUUGUAACUGCAAUUCAUUGAACAGUGUAAAUAUUUAGGUUAUCAUGUAAGAAAUUACUUUUAUUUGAAGUUUGUUUGAAAGGGUUUUGUUAGUUUGCAUCAUUCUUUAAAUUGCAUUUGUGUCUGAAGCUUGAGAAAUAUGUAAUUCAGGUGUCAAAUAAUUAUCCUAGAGGGAUUGUUAAUGAAUGUAUCUUCUGAGCUGACAACAUUCAGUCUUUUACUUUGUCUUUCAUUUCAGUUUAAACAAAUGUGCUAUGGUAAUAAAGUAUUUGACCUUUGUGUACAUGGCAUCUUUUGUAUUUUUUACUGUUUCAGCAAUAUUGCUUGGGCAGGAAAGGAGGGUUGUGAUUGGAGGAAAGAUUAUGUUAGUGAGUGUGUGAAUGUUGUUCUAUAGUUUCAGUCAACUACAUGGUCGCUACAGUGCAGCAGCCUGUAAAUAAAUGGGUCUUAUCCAGGCAAACCAGUUGCUGACUGCUGGGGCAAUGACCCACAUCACGGGGUUGUGAUGACACACUACCGUCAGGUCACCAUUGUGACCACUGGAUACUUGUUUCAGUCUGCAGAGGGUGCAGGGGACCUAUUCUGAUGGGGGAAUGGCCUUAAAGAUGGACGAGACUCCACUUAGAUGUUAUCUGUUUGAAUCAUGGCAAAGGAACUACACUUUACUCAAUAAGACUUAUCUAGACUUCCGGCUCUGGCUCAUCUGAGCUUUAUUAUCUAUUUAAAUCUACCAGGUGUUCAUGAGGGAACUGAGAAUGAAAUCGAGUGAGCACUGAUCAACUGACAAGGGUCAUAGUGUGCUUUGAACAUGAUCUCCAGCAUGGAAAAAGCACCAUGUAAAUGGAUUAUUAUUAUUACUAGUAUGAUGAUGCUGCUGCUACUGCUGCUGAUAUUGUAUCCAGUAUGUUUGAGCCCAGAAGUGUCUCACACACUGAUAAUACUGCAUGUGAGUCUGUUCUUCACCUGCUCAGUGGCCAAGUGAUCUUAACAGCACGAUUAGGUUGUGCAGAGUUGUGUCUAUAAGCAGGAAGGUGUCGAUGCAUGUGAUUUUGCAUGGAAUCAUUUUCAUCCCGUUUGUCAUACCCCGUAACAUCUGUACUAAGGUGAUAUACAUUUACUAUAUGAUCACUGGGGUUCUUCUGAUUUUACACACUGUGAAAUGUGAUAUGUGGUGGAAAUCCUAAAUCAAUUACUCAUUGACUCUUCAAUAACUACCUCACUUCGAUAUCCACUUAGAACACAUACAGUAGAGUAAUAAACAAUAUAAUAAAUCAUAACUUUAUACUGCUUCGAUUGUAUUCGCCAUCUACUGGUCACAAAUACAUACAAUUCAACUAAUUCUUCAUAAGAAAGAAAAAAUCUCUGUCAAAAAGAGUCCAUUGUACAAUUCCAACUACAGCAUAAGCAUGUGUUAAUGAAUCGCUAUCAACUAGUGAGGAAUCCAGGUGUUUUCGAAAAGGUGGCCGUAUCCUUUGUUUGUGAAGUCACUAUAUGAUAUUGUUAUGUCACAUUAUAACAGUUGUCAAUUCAGGCAUCAUUAUCCAAGUAAGAGUUUUGCAAAUGAUGAGGUGCGACUUCAAAACAUCAAUAAAACAAUAUAUCUCGCAGAAGGAGAGGCUGUUCAAAAUGGAAUGCAUUCGUCAGCACUCGCCCCUCUCCUUAACCUCCAAUUCGGCUUCUCCCGGAAUACCACGAGUUGGUUACGAAUGAAUGGAAUGGUAUAGAGUCAGUGACGUCACUGUAUUAUGACGUCAUGUUAUUGUGUCGUCACGUAAUUAUCUCGCCCAUAUUCAUUGAGACUCGCCGUGCUUUUUAGCGAUGGCAAAGAUAUCUGUCUAAAAUGGGAUGCAAACAGACCAAGGUUAAGCCUUUCAAGCAGACUUCUCCGGAGGAGGCUCUGACGGGCAAGAUCAACUGUCCUCACGAGUUAUAUUUCGCCAAGUGUCAGGUGACACCGCCCACACCCCGCCUAUCAGGGACGGAGAUUCUUCAACAGUUACGAGACGAGGGCUUGGUCCACGACCGUCAGUCCAGCGGAGGAGUUGCCUUCUCUGUCCCAGCAGUGGAGGGGGUUGUUCCCAGUGGCAGAGCUCCCCGACGUCUGGAGCAAAUCCCAGUGCGAUGCUUCUACACAGCUGAGUUGAGGAGACAGAAGGCUGAUCUAUUCCGAUUUGACAGGUUGGUAGAACAAGUCCAGAGGAAACAACUGGACAGAGAAAUAAAGCACAAAGCUGUCAAGGACGAAAAGAAACGUCGCGAGUUUAUCAAGAAAAUGAAGACUGAGCAUCAGCUUCAGGUGAGGGAGGAGAAACUGAAGAAGCUGGAGGAAGAGCGGGCAUCCGUGAAGAAGAAGCCAGCCAAGAAGUAGACUAAGAGGAGCGAACAGAGUUGAUGGUUGUGAGGAUGUUGAGAACAGCGGAUGAUGCAAAUAAAUGAAGAACAUUAGGCCUUAAUGAAAAAAUGAACAAACGUAAAAAAGAACAAAAGAAAAGCAACAGGCCCAGCGAAACAGGAAGCCGGAAGAUGCAGUAGAAGGGGAUACAGAUCAUACGAAGGCAGUGUUGACAUGGAAGAAAUCCUUUAGUCUUUUUUAUUGUUUAAAUCAUUUAUAAGAACUCUUUCAGAUUACUACGUAUAAUGUGUAAUAUACCUGCAAUGGUUUUAUACAUUAAAUUUAUCAUAAAAUAUUUUGAACAUGUCAUAUCUUGUUGAUAUUAUGAGGUGGAUUUUUGUUUAUAAUAAAAU